AUGGAACCUGCGUCAUUCCAAUCAUUGUGGUACAAAAUGAUAGAUGAGCCAAAUGAUGACUAUGGCCAAGGUUCAAGGUUUCAGAGUGUUCUCACAAAUGUACAAUUUUCUGCAAACUACAAAGACUCGAAAAUUGUUAGACAUUUAAAAGAAAACAUAGGACCGAAUCGACAAUUGUCUAUCUGUUUCAAUAUUGAUUUGAUGGGAGAGCACCCUGCAUUUAACUACAGUUUCGCUAGGAUCGUAGGUUCAAUUGGUUUAGCUGGAGAGAAGGCACCGCAUUUCUUUGACUAUGGACGUUUGUUACGUCGCCUACCAGCAGCAAGAGAACUUAGCUACGCGCCAUUCACAGUAGAUGGAAACAAAAAAAAGAUAUAUAUUGACUUAGGAAACUCACUUGCCAUCGGCAGAAAUGGAUAUAUCUUAAAAUCAGUUGGACAAUUGCAACUUGGUGUUUAUGCAGGCAAGGACGAAACGGGCGUAGAUACUCCCAAUUGUUUGGACAAAAUUACAUGGAUUUCUAGAAUUUACUACACCGAAUAUGGUGGAUAUAUUUUCACUGCCGGCAUAAGCGUAAUCGAUAUUCCAAGCCACCUGGAACUUAAACUAGAUAAACAAUUCGUUUUAGCAAAGGUAUGUACAGUACAAAUCAAAAAUCGAAAUUGAAACCAAGAUAAUAUGGAUAAUAAGACAAUCAACUGACAAAUUGGCAUGUCAACAAUCUACCUCCAACUAAAAAAACCACUACCAACAAGAAAAUACAUGCAUGCAUAAACCCUCGCCUUGCUGACAAAACCAUUAUGUUGUCCGAACAUGAAAUAUUUAAAGUAGUUGUCAUGGUAACGCGAAUUAUUAUAUUAAGAAUAUUUUUAAAACUGAAAAAUCCCCUAAAAAUAUCACAUUUAAUUACAAAAGUAUCAUUUUUCCAAACAUAUACAGCCAAUUUAGAAUUGGUUGUCCUUUGCAAACCAGAAACUAUAAACCUUAAGCUUAAACUCUAAACUCGCAAAGCAUAAUGGGAGCACAAGUUUCAAGCUUAGUAGUUGAAUAUUACAGCUAUUUGUGAAAGAAUUGUUCUCUAUAAGAACAUGUCUCAAAGAAAUGGGCCCCAUAUAUGAUCUCUAAACUGAUUAGAUGAUGCUCUCAUUAUGUUUUGCACGCUUAGAGUUUAAGGUUUAGGGUUUGGAAUUUAAGGUUUGCAAAGAACAACCUUUUUGAAUUAGCUGUAUAUGUGAGGUAUGUCAUUUUACGUUUAUCAUUUAUAGACCUGGACCGAGGGAGAUUCGCUGAAAUAUUACCCGAAGUGAUGAUAUUUCCCGAGGGGCUUUGCCCAUAUCACUGUGGGUAAUAUUUCGGCGAAUCCCCCUCACUCCAGGUCUAGUUAAACAUCUGUCCUUACUUAAUCUGUGCUAAUGCUUUCCUUUUCACGUGGGUGGGUGUAAAUAGCCGUGUGGAAUUAGUACCCUCGCCCCGGACUUACGUCCGAAACAAUAAUACGAACACAAACACUUACACUUACACUAAUUUUAUACAGUGAAUGUGAUAAAUUUUAACUAUAGCUCAAAUAAUAGAAAAUGACUGAAGUUUAUUAUGCAGUGGUACAGUUCAUUCUUUGGAAGGGUACGGUACAAAAUAUAAUUCAGCCGAGGACUGUUAUAAAAGAGAAAUAUAUUGGGUCUGUAGGAUUGUUUGAAUUAAUCAUAGUAUAGAUGUAAAGACGUUUUCAUCUUUCGGCCCUAUUUUGAACUUUCUAUCAUGGACUUGUCGGCCAGUUCAGCAUUUUGUGUGUGCUGUACUGUUGCUAAAUUCUUGUGAUGGUUGGAGCCUUCUGCCAAUAUCAUGACACCUCCUUGAAAGAACUGGAAUAUUCGAGUUAAAUUAAUAUUCCUUAAAAAUAAUGGUUGAAAAAUGUACCCUAUACCUGUCGAUUUUCUCUGCUGACAAUCGGCGCCGUUCACCGAAUGUAAUAAGUAUCACGAUAUUGUUUGAAUGUUCUUUGUGUUUCAGAUUGAUGAAGGUGGGACCUGCCUGAAUAUUCUCCUGGCAGAAAACAAAGAGGGAAUAAAUGUCCGUCCAUAUAAUAGUCGUUUAGUAUUCCGAGCACAACAUGAAGACGUCAUACAUGGCAAUUUUUUUGUUACUAUUUUUGGAAAGAAACCAACUACGACUACAAAUAUUAACUUGAAGUUGGAGACAGCUGAUUCAAUUAUUAGGGAUCAUCCACUUGGUCCCGCCCAGCCGUUUGGAUUAUUCAAAGAUACGGUUGACCCGAGCAUCUACAACUACUACUUUUACGCCAUGAAUGAUCCCAAUAACAUUAGAAAGAUCAUUGAUGGUCAAAUAUAUGCAUUGCAAUACACGUUUAAUGGUUAUCCCUUAAACCCAGAUCGAAACGAGGCAAUGAACUCCGCGAUUUGUAUCCAUGUCUACGAUGAAAUAACCCCAAGUGACCAACCAACUUGGGUUAUCGACAUCCUUCCUAUUUUCCAACUUUAUGCCAACCUCUUCCCAGUUAUGCGAAGUUUUGUCGAUCUAGGGGAUUACAACAGUGUAGUCGAGAAGAAAUGUCAUAUACUUACAACAAUGUCACUGGAUUUUCAGGAUCCUCAGUACAUGCCA